UUUAAAAAUCUGGCUCUGUCGGCCGACGGUUGUUAGCCGCAAUGUAAACAAACUAAACAAACAACCAGACAAAAGUUCGACCAAAGUCAGAAUAGAUCCACGCUGAAUACUAUGCAACACAUUGCCUUUAUAAUCCUAUUAUCCUUCACGUCUACGCAUUUAGAAAAAGUUACUCUUGAACCUUCUGGAAAUAUAGUACUUUCUUUAGGGGAAAAACUGGAAAUCACCUGCACUUUUUACUCUAGGAUUUACGCACUAAUUCCUUCCUGGCAUAUUCCAAAAACAGCCAAUGUUAGUAUGUUUCGGCAAGCUAACCAGCUAGCAGACGGACUUUACAUCAUCAAGUCCAUUGUCAUCUCCACAUCUUUACAGUUGGGCGACGCCGGCAAGUAUAUGUGUCACAUGGGGAACAACAAUCACGUCGACGUUACGGUCUUCGCCGUCUUCGCGGAGAAAAAAAACGUCACGUUCGAAUGGAAGAUGAAAAGGGUAGAUUUGAGCUGCAACUUGUCCACAUUGGAUAACGAGGGCUCAUUAAUCUUCAACGGUUGGCACUAUGGCUCCUUCCCAUUGACGGAAGGCUCACGUUAUACUAUCGUGACUAUGACCAGAUUCGCGGGCAAACUAGUGACCAGCAACCUGGUCAUUGGGAGUCCUAUUCGCAAUGACUCGGGCUUCUACACCUCCGAGUUCGCCAUCGUAUACCCACAUACAACCUUGUCUUAUCGGUGUCUGGUGGCUCUUGAAGCUUCGCCCAUUAUUCUGAUUCCACCAAGAUCAAUCGCUGCUACGAUUGGACAUACCGCGACCUUGACCUGUAUAGUGAUAAGCUUCCCGAAAACAGUCGUGACCUGGAAGUCGGACAGUUUAAAUUUGACAAACGACGCCUUUCGAAUUAGUUACGGUCACUUCGGCGGGCACAAUAACAGCAUUCUUAACAUCAACGACGUUCAGGAAUCAGAUAGUGGAAUGUAUUCCUGUUUUGCGAAGAAUGAGGUUUUCAGACACAGACCACACAGAAGUAUAAGGAUAUACGUAAAAAGUAGAUACGAGUGGGUAUUUCCAGUAUUGAUGUUAAUCUUUGAAGUUAACAUUACCGUUAUUCUAACUAUUGUCUUGACUAACAGACAAAACAAAAGAAGACUGGCAAGGGAAGAAAAAAUAAGGACGUUAUAUACUGAAAUGGAAGAAACACUUGAUGAACCUGUGAAUGUUUCCCAGGCAGAGCUACGGGAGGAAGAAGUCGAGUCACCCUCCGAAGGCAACAGAAUGCAAAAUUCACCACUACAGCAAACUUCGUCAGAGGAUAAUAUCCAGCAAGAGACCUGGCACAGCCCACCCGAAGAGGCCAUUAUAGAAUAGCGUUUAAAUACCCAAUAGCAGUGGACGUAUAUAAUAGUACUUUAAUCUUCAGAAUAGCUGUUCACAUCAACAGAGCUUCUUAUUUCGGAAUUGGUAUUGAUAGGUAUUGACCCUAACAGAACUAACUAUAGAAUACGUGUUGACCUUAACUUUAACAGAGCUUUUAAUUUCAACAUAGGCGUUGACCAUAAAAGAGCUUCAGAAAAGUAAAAUAUUGACAAGAUUUUUUUCCAGCUCAACAUAGCAGCAAACAUUGUAAAAAUAAGUUGACCACAAAAGCAGUUUACUUUGAACGAACGUGCGAGCCUUCACAAAUACAGUUAAAUUAAUGGGAAAGGAUGUUUUAUUUUCAAAGCAAUUAAAGCAAAAAAAAGUUGAAUAUGAGAGAUUUACAUUAUUACGAUUCAGAAACAAGUUUGAACCGUAUUAUCGUACUGCCAAUGGCAGUUUGAAGCUGUUCCAGUUAACAGCAUAACAAUAGACGGACUGUGGUUUUUAUCAGCUUUGUAUGUACUGUUGCACCUUUUUCUCUUGUAUUAUUUUGGCGAUCAAAGACUUUAGUGACAUCAAAGACAGGAAGGAAGUACUUCAAUUAGCAACAAAGUGCGUCUCCUUUGCAGGAAAACCAAAAUGUUUUAAGCCGGUUCCUACUCAUAAGAGAAAGACAAGAUUUCCUGCCUCAUGAGUUUUGCGAAGGAUCGCCUUUGUGUUGACGACUUAGAGAAGCCAAAGAGUACGCCUAUUUAAACAACGCCCACUUGGGCUUAAGUUCAUAGAGCUAUCUUCUUGGCUUGUGUUGAGACGAGCCUUGAUUGAUGACAGACGACAGCUAAAGACGCAGCAUCUCCGUAUAAGUCGCUUCAUUGUUUCAGGUCAGAGACAGUCGAUGAACCUGGAUAUAAGGAAAAGAAAUUAAAUUAAAUAGGAAGGUUAGGAUCAGACUUUGUACAUUAAAUAAAUUUGGAACACAACAAUGAAA